CUGCUUUCUUCAUUUGUAAACCAGGAAAUGGAACUAUUGAAUUCAAUGAAUUUCUUCACAUGAUGUCUCGUAAAAUGAAGGAAACAGAUAAAGAAGAGGAACUUCGAGAAGCUUUUAGAGUAUUUGACAGGAAUGGUGAUGGUUUUAUCAACGCUGCUGAGUUAAGGCACGUUAUGACCAAUUUAGGGGAAAAAUUGACCGACGAAGAGGUUGAAGAUAUGAUUAAAGAGGCUGAUCUGGAUGGCGAUGGUUUGGUCAAUUAUGAUGAGUUUGUUAAUGUUUUGAUGGCACCCAAAUGAUCUAUCUAGAGAUAUUAAGGAAUCAAAUAUUCAUCAAACUUGGAAUUAAUAAAUUACUUUGAAACAAACGAUGAGACAUAAAAGCCUUUGGAAAAAAUCAAAAAAUGAAUCGCAUCAUGACCUUUUUUUUUGUUGUUGUUCAUCUCAUUACAUUCAAUACCAAGAAGUGAAGCAAAACAGAUACACAUUCACAUUCAUUUUAAAACCCAUUGAAAAAAA